GUGACCAGCUUAUUGACCUACAGUCUGCUCUCCGUUGCUUUGCUACUCUUAUUCCUAUUCCUAAUUGUAUUACUGAUUUAUCGACGUCGUCACAGAGAUGGAAAAUCUAACAAACACUCAUUUUUUAUUAGUUUCAAUCCAGCAAGACGUUUACAUUCAAGCAGUGGGAAUGGUUCAUCCAUCCUGGGACUAGGUAGUGAUUUAACGACAAGUGGUUUACCGCUUGAUUUAGCUACUCUUGAGCCAUUAUGGAAUCAAGAAGUUAAUUCAUUAUACGGCAUUAGUAAACCUGAUCUUAACAACUUUGAACAAGUCCCACAGAUACCAGCAGCAAAUAUACGUUUUCUACGUUAUAUUGGGUGUGGAGCAUUUGGUAAAGUGUGGGAAGGUUGGCUUCAUGUUCGUGAUGCGAAUGGGGAACGAUUUGAAAAGGUUGCACUAAAAGUACGAAAUUGUAAAUCACUAACUGAAGCUGAAUUUAAACGUGAAGCGACACUUAUGCACAAAUAUCAACAUACAAAUAUUGUACGAUUCUUCGGUGUGUCAUUUGACUCACCUGGACAACAAUGUCUUGUCCUAGAAAUGAUGGAUCAGGGCAAUUUAAGAGAUUAUCUUCACCGUUCACGGCCAAGAAUUGCACCUGAUAUAGCUGCGAAUGUUUUUGCUGCUGCAGCUAUCUGUGCCGCUGCUGGAAGAACAGGAGGUUCUGAUGGCUCGUCAGUAAACACGAGCACAACUAGUACGGCGCCGGCUGGUGGAACGCCAAGUGCUUCAAACGUUAUUACAUUGACAGCACAGUUAGAUCUACCUUCACUAGUCACUAUAAUGAGAGAUAUAUGUCAUGGAUGCCGUUAUCUUGAAGAGCAACACUUUGUCCAUAGAGACAUUGCAGCACGAAACUGUUUAGUGAGUCAUAAUCAUUCAAGUGGACGUAUAGUCAAAUUGUGUGAUUUCGGACUAGCACGAGAUAUUUAUAAAAAUGAUUACUACCGUAAGCGCAAUGAACCCAAAUUACCUGUGAGAUGGAUGUCGCCAGAAGCUAUUCGUGAUGGUUUAUUCACAACAAAAUCUGAUGUUUGGGCGUAUGCUGUUACCUGCUGGGAAGUUUUAACCCUAGGUGCUGACCCAUUUUACGGCCGAGCGAAUGUGGAUGUCAUGAAUUUAGUUAUUGGUGGACACGUUUUGGGACGUCCUGAAAAUUGUCCAGAAGAACUUUAUAAUCAACUACUACAAUGUUGGAGUCGAUUCACAGAAAUGAGACCAACAUUUGGACAGUUAUGCAAAAAGAUGGAUGAAUUCAUUAUGGCUUCACAAAAUAAUCAAAGCCCCUUCUCUCAACCAUUUGUUGUAUCGUUGCCUCUGCCCAAAAGUUUACAAGGUAGAUCAGGACAACAAGCAUCCAUGUAUGGUUCCAACAAACCACAUCACGAAUCAAAUGAUUUAUCACUUUGCAUGCUUUCUAAUAACUGUCAACGUAGGACAUCUCUAGAUGGUGGACGCCCAGUAAGCGACAUGGAUUCAUCGCUAAUUAAUGAGACCAAUCUAUCCCAAGGAAUGAGUUCCAGUAAACAACUUCUACUAUCAUCCAACAAUUCUAAAGACUUGAAGCCAUCGGCAUUUCAUACAAAAAGCCGUUCGUAUGCAGAAACAGCUACUCGUGGUUACAUUGUAACACCUGGUGUUGAAGGCAUUAGUAUGAAUAAGUUCAACUACCGGGAGUCUCGAAUGGAGAACCGGAUUUACACCUCAUCAACUGCCCCACUGGCUGGUGCUUAUGAAUGUUCAAUGUCUGAUCCAUCCACGGAACAGACGACAUUGGCGACUACAUCGAACGGUACUGAAAGUAAUAGACAAGCCUCGGUUAAGCUGAAGUCGCGGUCAAUACAAGGUAAUACGGAGAACAGAAUUGAUAAAACGACAAACUCAACAAAUGCGAUUCUGCAACAUCGACAAAACCAAAUCCAACCACCAAGUUCAAACUUUUGCUUAGACACCUUAUUACGCGAUCAAAAUGGCAUGAAAGUAAAUUCUUACAAAACUUUGGGUUUUCAUGAUAAGAGUGGUAAUCACAGUAAUAAGUUCAAUUCCCUCAGUACCACCGAUGCUAAUAACAGUGAUCAAAGAGGGAGUCAUCUAGUUCCGUUUAAUUACAACCAUGCACACAGUAAACCACUACAUUCUAAAUCAUUUAAUUCAAAAUCAACCAGUAUGGUAGACACUAUGCCUCAUAGUGGUAGUGGGUCAACCAAUAACCGGAGUCUAACAGCUUAUUGGUUAAUGGAAACUGGUGGUGGUGUUGACUCGCUAGGUUAUGAAAGACCAUCACUAAUCCGUACAUCAUUUCCAUCUCAGACGAACUCAGCGAAUUCACAUGGUGAAAAUACUAAUAUUUCAACAUUCAUUGAUCAAAACUGUAACAAUGACUUUCUUGAAAGAGUUAUUUGCAAUCACCAAUCGCUAAAAAAGGCAUCAACUAACGUAUUAACAACCUGAGUUUGAAGCAUUACUGCGGAAGUGACCUUCGUAUGUUACGAAACAAUUAACGCACAAUCACAAAUAUAAAUAAGUACACAUACAGUGCCAUAUUAAAAAGUAUUAAUUAUCGGAUGGCAAGUAUUCUAUUUUAACACACUGAAGUUUAUUUGUUUUCUCUUUUGACUUUAACUGUUACUAUACAUAUGAGAUAGAAAUCAUUACCUGUUUCUUAAUCGUCAAUCAGUUUCUCUGCAUUCAUUCAAAUGGUGUGUAUAACCUAAGUUGAAUGUCUAUAUCUUGCGUAAGUAUAUCUUAUUCUUAUUUCAGAAAUCAAAAUUAUUACUUCCAUGUUUAUCAAGAGAAACAAUGUUAAUAAUAUCGAGCAUUUCGAUUACUCUUCUAAGUUUUUGUAAAUUUUAAAAUCUUUAAUAUAAUGCAUUCUACAUUAAACUACUAUAUUAAAACUAAGUAGCUAACGUUUUUAAAAUAAUUUCUGCUGGCUUAAUCAUAUGUAACUGUCGUUUGUAUCGUCAAAUUAAAGACAACUUUUUCAGGAAA